UUUUCCACUCGUCCAUUUGUUUUCCUCAAUCUCCCAAAAUUAGGGUUUCCUCUCCCCUCAUCAGUUUUCUUCCUCUCUCGUCUUCAUUUCUUGCUCCCUCUCCUCAGCUUCAUAUCUGCUGCCUCUUGCUCUCCCUCCUUUCUUUAGCUUGACACGAUGCCCAAGGACAGACGAAGCCGCUCCGUCUCCUUCGAUCGCGCCUCUCCUUUCCCAUCCCGUUCCUCUAAUUGCAGGCGUCACUCUCCUCUUCCAUCCUCCUCAAGAAAUCCACCCAGAUCUCCUCUUCCUGUAGCAUCCGACUUUCAGAAAUGGGACGAGAUCCGUUGUCCCGUGUGCAUGGAACACCCCCACAACGCCGUCCUCCUCCUUUGCGCCUCACAUGACAAAGGUUGCCGUCCUUUCAUGUGCGACACAAGCUACCGCCACUCCAACUGCCUCGAUCAGUACCGGAAAGCCAUCCAAGUUUCCAUGCCUGGGGACAGCAAGCCGAAGCUCUCCUGCCCUCUCUGCCGCGGCGUCGUCUCCGGAUCAAAAGUCGUCGAGGCGGCGCGGAAGCAUAUGAACACCAAGGCACGGAGUUGCUCAUCUGAGUCAUGCGGGUUCGCCGGGGCUUAUAGUGAGCUGAGGAAGCACGCGAGGACGGAGCAUCCGCUUGUUCGGCCGUCGGAGGCGGAUCCGGAGCGGGAGAGGGACUGGAGGAGGCUGGAGCAGCAGCGUGAUCUGGGUGAUUUGUUCAGCACGAUGCAGUCGGCUUUUGGAGGAGAGGAGGAUGAUUACGCCUUUCUUGCGGAUGGGGGUGAGUUUGGAGGUUUGCUUCCCUUUCCUACUAUCACGUUCUUCUUAGUUCUGCGUUUUAGAGGAACUGGAGGGCUUAGUAGCAGCACCGGAUGGUCUAAUGGGAGGAGGGGGUCAUCUAGAUCGUCGAGGUCUCGGAGAGGAAUGGGGAGAGUUCUUUGGGGCGAGUCUAUUGUUGAAUCUGAGGCUGGUGGAAGAGAUCGAAGUGAUGCUGAUGAUGGUGAUGAUGCUAAUUAUGAUUAUGAUCAUGAUAAUGAUGAUGAGAAUGACGAGAAUGAUGGUGAUGAUGAUGAUGGCGGAGGUGAAGACGUUCCUAGUCCAUCUAGACGGCGUCAGAGGCGAACACGUCGACAGCUGACAAUGGUGGAUGAUGAUGAUGAAAACAUUAUAAUGUGACGCACAAGCCAUUCAUUUGAUUUAUGCUACUGGGUUAUUUGCAGAUGGAGAGCUGCUUGGUGCUCCUAGGUCUGUAAAUUGCCUGAUUGCUGGUUGCAUGAGCUGUUCUUCAUGCUUUGGGUCUAGGUUGUUCAUUGGAAGGCAGAGAUGGUUCUGCAUCUUCUCUUGAAUCUGGUGGAAGUAGGGAAAUGAGAUAAUGGGAAAGUAGGAGGGAAAUAAUGUUUGGCUUCAGAGAAACAAUAUGGAGUGGAUGUGGAUAGUUAUCUUUCUGAUAGGUCGAUUUGAUUCUUCUUUGUCUUUAAAAGAAGGUCGCGGGUUCUUUUGGUGUUAUAAAUGGCCACAUCACUAUAUAUUUUGUUCAGCUGACUUGCAAUAUUAUUUCAAUUUCUUCUUACAAGUUGUGUUUCUUCCCUUUUUAA